AUGUCAUCGUCGGGUCGCAGCAGCAGCAGCAGCAACACCGCCUUCUCCUCCGAUCGCAGCGUCGCCAGCAGCGUCGCCAGUUGCUCCUCCGCGCGCGCCCCCCCCUCGCUCCCCCACCCCGCCGCCUCUGAUUCCGCCGCGCCUGAUUUUGCCGCGCCGGAUACAGCCACGCCUGAUUCCGCCGCGCCUGAUACUGACAUUCCUGAUACCACUGUCCCUGCGUCCGCCCCGGCCGUUCCCCCGUGGGACAUCCGUGCGUCCCCCGCCGCGGGUAGCGCGGGCGUGCAGCAGGCGAGCGGAGACGUGUUCAUCCCGUGGCCCGCCCACGUGCGCGCCGCCCUCGCUUCUCCGCAGCAGCAGCAGCAGCAAUUCACCUUGUUUUUGCAGCAGCAACAGCAGGGCCUUGAGGGAGCCGUUCGGCUAGAGCAACAGCCGGAUAUCUCUCUGUUUCAGCAGCAGCAGCAGCAGCAGCAGCAGCAGCAGCAGCAGCAGCAGCAGCAGCAGCUUUUUGCGUUCCAGCAGCAGCAGGGCGUGCGGCGCACAGGCGACUGCGUGGGGACGUGCCUGACGUCCCUGGAGGUGCUGCUGAAUCCAUUCUGCGCGCGCGCCACGCACCACCUGCCCCUCCACUCGCCCGCUUUCUCCAUGGCGUCCAAUUCCUCUGCGCCCUCGUCCAACGGCCCCUCCCCGCUCGCCCCCUGGCACCACCCGCAGCAGCAGGCGCAGCAGCCGUACCACCCGCAGCAGCAGCAGGCCUUUCCGCCCCCCCAUGGCCUCAUGCCGCCGCCCCAGCCACGCCCAUCGCAGCAGCAAAACCACGUCUCUUUUCAGCUGCCGCAGCCUUCGCAGCAGCAAAACCACGUCUCUUUUCAGCUGCCGCAGCCUUCGCAGCAGCAGCAUUCACAGCAGCAGGGGGGAGGCGACAUGGGAAUGGGCAUGGACAUGGAGCUGAGCAUUCAGCUGCCCGCACGGCGCUGGCCGCCCACCCUGGCCGCCGUCACGCCUGGUAGAAGUCUCACCGCCUCCGUGCUCGGCCGCGGCCCCACCCCGAACAUCCGAACGCUGUUCAACAUAGAGCGCAAGGCGCUGGGCGAGGGGCAGUACGGCAAGGUGUAUGUGUGCACCGAGAAGGCCACGGGCGUGCGGUACGCCUGCAAGACCAUCGCUCGCAGCUCCCUCAUCUCCGUGGAGGAUGUGGAGGACGUGCGCAUGGAGGUGAGCGUGCUGUUCCGGCUGCAGGGGCAGCCGAACGUGGUGCGCGUGCACAGCACGUACGAGGACCGCCGCGACAUCCACAUCGUCAUGGAACUCUGCAGCGGGGGCGAGCUCUUCGAUGAGAUCAACCGCCGCUGCGAUGAGAUGACCGUGCCCUACAGGUGUGGGGUGGCCAUAGGAAGAGAUGACCUUAGGGUGGAUGGGAGGGCUAUCUGGGUGCAGUGUGAUGCAGCUGCAGAGGAGGGUGCCGCUUGGGAUGGUGAGGUUUUCAGCGUCGUGGAAUCACAUUCAGCUGUCGCACAUAUCAGCCUUUCAUGUAUCUACCGCCACUCAGCAGCAUCUCCGUUCCACCACUUUCGCUGCCGCUUGCCCUCACCCUGCCACCUUCUUCCUACCUUCUGCAUCUCUCACCCGCUCUCCCUCCACCACUUCCCAUCCCCCCUCACACCCCCACUGACGACCAUGUGCGCGAGGGGCAGUGAGAGGGACGCGGCGAAGCUGUGCAAGGCGGUGGUGCGCGCGGUGCACUCGUGCCACAGCAGCGGGGUGAUCCACCGCGACCUCAAGCCCGAAAACUUCCUCUUCUCCUCCGCUGGCGCCGAUGCCGUGCUCAAGGCCGCUGACUUCGGCAUGGCUGCCUACUUUAAACCUGGCGAGGGAUUCACGCGCGUGUGUGGCAGCUGCAUGUACAUGGCGCCGGAGGUGAUCCGCAUCUGGGAGAACCUGGGCAAGCAGCGCUACGGGCCGCCCGUGGACAUCUGGGCGUGCGGCGUCAUCUUCUACAUCCUCCUCGCCGGCAACUACCCCUUCCUGCCACAAGGCCCCGAUAGGUCGGAGAGGGCGUUCAGGCGGGUGAUACUGCAGCCGCAGCGGCUGUUCCGCGAGGCGGUGUGGGGGCGCAUAUCGGCGGACGCCAAGAGCCUCAUCGCCGCCAUGCUGCACCCCGACCCCGCCCUGCGCCCCAUGGCGCAGCAAGUGCUCGAGCACACGUGGAUAGUGCGGGCGCCGGACGAGCCGUUGGAGAAGGACGUGGUGGACCGCUUCAAGCAGUUCCUCUACGUCAUGCGCCUCAAGAAGGUCAAGAAGGUGGCGCUCCGGGCGAUGGUGGAGGGCAUGGGGGAGGACGACAUCCGCGUGGUGCAGGGCGACUUGGGUCGCGUGGACCCCAACGCCACCGGAGUGGUGCCCAUCGAGGCGCUGCCCCACGCGCUGCACUCGCGCGGCUUCCACGGCCCUGCUGAUGCCGUGGCCAGCAUCAUCCACGAGAUCUGUCUGGACGGCAAGGUGGCGUUUGACUAUGCGGACUUCUUUGUGGCGCUGCUGCAGCUGUGCGGCGUGGAGCAGCAGGAGAACCUGUUCCAGGCCUUCUCCGUGUUCGACCAGGACCUCAGCGGGUACAUCAGCGAGGCCGAGCUGCAGCGCGCGUGUGAGAAAUACCGCGUCAACCGCCAAGUGGUGCAGGAGAUGAUGGCCGAGGUCAACCGCGAUGAGGCGGGGCGGGUGGACUACAACGAGUUUGUGGCGAUGAUGCGCAUGCAGGCGGGCGGGGUGAGCCGGCGAACCAUAGAGCGCCACAUGGACAACGGCAGCAUCAAGGAGAUGGACCACGGGGGCGCAUCAGGGCCGUACGAUGGGGACAGCGAUGACAUGCGCAGUGAUGCUGCCUGUGCUGCUGCUGAUACCGCCAGUGUUGGCAAUGGGGGCGGGUUCUGA